GGAGUCCUCACAUUUGCAACAUGGCCGGAGAGGACAAGGUCCAGGACGGCAACGUUGCGCAGAAGCCUAUGUCGCCUCUGCAACAUACUCAAGAUGCAACGUUGCCAGAAGACCUCCAUGAACUCAAUCCGCUCGUGCAAAAUUCGGCUGAUGUUGCCCGCGACGUCGAGCAAAAUUCUCUUAUUCGCCCUGCAGAAGAUGGUGAUCAGGAUGAUGCCCCGAGGGCCAAGAGGCCAAAGCAGGAGAAGAAGCAAAGAGGUCAAAAUAAGGCGCGCAAGUUUGCCAAUUCGAAAGAUGAGGUGCGACUGUGCUCACAGAUUGCCCGUGGCGAAUCGUGCACCUUUGAAGGCGAUUGCAAGUAUUCACACAGCUUGAAGGAUUACAUCAACACCAAGCCCCCUGAUAUUGGACCUGAGUGUCCCAUCUACUCAGCAAUUGGUCAUUGCGACGCCGGCUUCCGUUGCCGCUGGUUGACAGGCCAUGUAGAAAAACCAGAUGUUGCAGAUCCAGACAGUUGGAAGCUGCUUGGCAAGCCUAAGCAAGACCUGUCAGAGCUAUGCAAAACGCAUAAGUCCAUCGAGAAUAUCCUCUCGCGAGAGACCAUGCAGGCGAUCAGAAAGAAGGCCUUUCGCACGAGCAAGUCGGAUGCCUACUUGAAGUAUCUAUCAGAUCUGAUGGCAAGCGAGGAGAAAGAUGCAGCAGACAAGCCAGAUGUCCCUUUCAGACCAAGCGAGAAGAGAAGUCUCGACUGGAGCAAUACAAAGAUUCUAGCGCCGCUUACAACGACUGGCAACAUGCCAUUUCGUCAAAUCUGCCGCGAGUAUGGCGCGGAUGUGACAUAUUCUGAAAUGGCGCUUUCUGUUCCGCUACUCUCAGGUUCUGCUAGUGAAUGGGCCUUGACCAGAAGUCAUCAAGCAGAACGCGACAUGCGCAAUGGCCGUCGUGGCAUCUACGGCAUCCAAAUUGCAGGUUCUAAACCAGCUAUGGUUGUGCCAGCAGCUGAAAUGCUCGCAACCGAAUUUGAAUCCACACUCGACUUUGUUGACCUCAAUUGCGGCUGUCCGAUUGAUCUUGUCUUCAAGCAAGGCGCUGGCUCUGCUUUGUUGGACAAUCAUGGUCGACUGCUCAAGAUGCUCAAGGGUAUGAGUCUGGUCACUGGCGAUGUUCCAGUGACUGUCAAAGUGCGCACCGGCGUUAAAGAUAAAUGCCAUACAUCCGGCAAGUUGCUUGCACGUCUCAAUGCAGACGCGUGCGUGUCUAUGGUCACUCUACACGGAAGAUCGCGUGCGCAGCGAUAUUCGAGGCCUGCAGAUUGGGAAUACAUUGCCUCCUGCGCAGCGAGCAUCAAGGCUUAUCAGGCACAGGCCGCUGGCGAAGAUUUGCGCGGCAAGCAUGCCGAAUAUGGCUACUCGCAAAAGCUCGCCUUUGUUGGCAAUGGCGAUGUGUACACAUUUGAGGAUUGGAACCGCAACAUGCAGUCUGGUGUUGACGGCUGCAUGAUUGCGCGCGGCGCCCUCAUCAAGCCAUGGAUCUUUGAAGAGAUUGACAAGCAGCAACAUCUCGACAAGUCGGCCUCGGAACGUCUCGCUAUGCUCGACCAGUAUUGUAAGAACGGCCUUGCCUGUUGGGGUGCGGAUCAGAUGGGCGUUGACAAGACUCGACGAUUCCUUUUGGAGUUCAUGAGCUUCCACCACAGGUAUGUACCUUCUGGCGUACUAGCGGCCAUGGGAGAACCUAUCCAGAUGGGCGACCGCCCGCCAGCGUGGACGCCCCGCAAUGAGGAUGAGAAGCUGCUUGCUUCGAUGGAUUGCGCAGACUGGGUCAAAAUCUCUGAGCGCUUCUUAGGUAAGGCUGCGGAGAGCUUCAAGUUUGUGCCGAAGCACAAGGCCAAUAGUGUGAAUGCAGAAGGUUAGAUCAUUCAUGUGUGUAGCUCUUGACUCGAGAAUAGAAGAAGGACUUGUCGUGCCUCAGAUUGAAGUCUGUCACCUCACCAGACUGUGGGUGUAUGCCGUAGAAGCGA